CAGAAUGAUCUAGAAGAGGUAAAGGUGUUUCUGGAAAAGACCACUAGGAAAAGAGUAUGUGAUGCCCUUACAGCAGAAAAAAAACAAGAUUGAAACAGAAAUAAAGAACAAGAUGCAACAGAAAUCACAGAAGAAACCAGAACUUCUUGACAAUGAAAAGCCAGCUGCUGUGGUUGCUCCCAUUACAACAGGAUCUACCUUGAAAAUCAGUAAUUAUGGAUGGGAUCAAUCAGAUAAGUUUGUGAAUAUCUAUAUCACUUUAUGGGGAGUUCAUCAAGUUGCUGCCGAGAAUGUGCAGGUUCAUUUCACAGAGAGGUCAUUUGAUCUUUUGGUAAAGAAUCUAAAUGGGAAGAGUUACUCCACAAUUGUGAAGAAUCUCUUGAAACCCAUCUCUGUAGAAGGCACUUCAAAAAAAGUUAAGACCGUUACAGUUCUCAUCUUAUGUAGAAAGAAAGCAGAAAACACACUGUGGGAGUACUUGACUCAGGUUGAAAAAGAAUGCAAAGAGAAAGAAAAGCCUUCACAUGACACCGAAACGGAUCCUAGUGAGGGAUUAAUGAAUGUUCUAAGGAAAAUUUGUGAAGAUGGAGAUGAUGAUAUGAAGCGAACUAUUAAUAAAGCCUGGGUGGAAUCAAGAGAGAAGCAAGCGAAAGGAGAUACAGAAUUUUGAGAUAUUUAAGUCUUUUUGGUAACUGUGAUGUGGAAAUAUGGAUGUUUCCAAUAAGGGAAUGUUGGAGAGCUGCACAUAUAAAUUUGACAUAACUAUUUACAUAGUAAAGGCAGUAAAUUCUACUUUACUGGAUGAUUUAUUUAAAUAAAAUGUGCUUAUUAAAAA